AAGGAAUUGAUUUAUACGUCGGUACUAAAAAAGGAAGUGUACUGGUGGUGAAAAGGCAUGAGAGUAUGUGUGUAAGAAGACCUGCUAGUACCAGUACAGCUAUAUGUAUACGUUUGUAAACUCACCCAUCCCAGUACAGGAGUCAGCGUAAGGACGCUCUGAGAGGUGGGGCUCCACACAGGGGCGGGGUUUCCAGGGGGACACCCGACAAACAUGAACAAAUUGACGUUCCACAACAACAAGACCAUGCAGGAUCGCCGUUGUGUGUGUGUGUUUCUCCCCAACGAUGAAACACUCAACGUCAUUGUCAGCGUGAAGACUUUGUGUCAGGAACUGUUAGUGCAGGUGUGUGAUCUACUCCGAUUGAAGGACUGUCACCUGUUCGGCCUUAGUGUUGUUCAGAAUAAUGAGCACAUCUACAUGGAACUGGGACAGAAGUUGUCCAAAUACUGCCCAAAGGAGUGGAAACGAGAGGCCAGCAAGGGAAUUGAUCAGUUUGGGCCUCCGAUGAUUGUGCACUUUAGAGCCCAGUACUACGUAGAGAAUGGCAGGCUCAUCAGUGAUCGUAUGGCGAGAUAUUAUUAUUACUGGCAUUUGCGAAAGCAAGUCCUGCAGUCUCAGUGUGUGCAGCGAGAGGAGGCCUAUUUUUUGCUGGCUGCAUUUGCUCUGCAGGCCGAUCUGGGAAACUUCAAACGGAACAAACAUUUUGGCUCCUACUUUCAACCUGAGGCAUACUUUCCUUCUUGGGUAAUUACUAAAAGGGGACGAGACUAUAUUCUGCGUCAUAUUCCCAACAUGCAUAAGGAGCAAUUUGCUCUGACUGCAUCAGAGGCUCAGCUAAAGUACAUUAAAGAAGCUGCACUGCUGGAUGAUGUUGCUGUCCACUACUACCGACUAUACAAAGAUAAAAAAGAAGUGGAGGCGUCUCUUACUCUGGGGCUUACUCUGCGUGGUAUCCAGGUCUUUCAGAAUGUGGGCACAGUCAGGCAGCUUCUGUAUGAUUUUCCUUGGACCAACGUGGGAAAACUUGUAUUCGUGGGUAAGAGGUUUGAGAUUUUGCCUGACGGCUUGCCCUCUGCCAGAAAGCUCACCUACUUCACAGGUUGUCCUGUACGUUCCCGCCAUCUUCUACAGUUGCUUAGUAACAGUCAUCGCCUAUACAUGAACCUUCAACCAGUGCUUAAGCAAGUUCGACGCUUGGAGGAAAGUGAAGAAAAGAAGCAGUAUAGAGAGUCCUACAUCAGUGAUGCUCUGGAGAUGGACAUGGACCAGCUGGAGCAGAGAUCCCGGGCGAGCGGCAGCAGUAUGGGCAGUGUGUCACGCCAGAAACGUUUCUCGCGUCACUCCACAAACAGUCACAGCAGCUCUCACACAUCAGGCAUCGAUACAGGAAGCUUUCGCACCCCAACACACAUGCCCCACCGGCCUCUCCGCACACAUUCCUCCUCUAACACCAGUCAUGCCAGUACCCACACAUCCGGCGUUGAGAGCAGCGGCAAGGAGCGAGGCCUAGAUGAUGAUGAGAUUGAGAUGUUAGUUGAUGACCCUAAAGACUACGAGGAGCUUCAUGAGUUGGCACUGGAGCUUAGUCAUGACCUCUGCAUUCACAUCACUGAAGACAUGCUUACAUCUGCACAAAGCAAUGGCUUUUCAGGUUUAGUUGUGAAGGAAGUGAGUUCAUCAACAUCAAGUUCAUCAGAGACUGUGGUGAAGAUGAAAGGCCAAAGCAUUGAAUCACUCCCUCAGACAGGGACUGGAAGGAAGACUCAGAACUCCACAGACCGGCACAGCCAGUCAUUAGAUGACGUUCGGCUGUACCAGAGCAAUUGCCAGGAGUGGGCAGAGCUCUGUCAGGACUCUGCACACAGUUACACAUUUGGUUGUGUGGAGGAUCUCAGUGACGGUUACCAGGGACUGGCAGAACAGCAGGCUGGUAUCCUCAACAACCAGCACCCUUUUUCCAUAAAAAGAACCAACAAGUACUUUUCCUUGGACCUGACCACAGAGGAGGUGCCUGAGUUUGUGGUGUGAGUGAAAAGAAGGAUCUAAACAAAUAAAAUCAAGAUUUAAAUAA